UUGGCAGUCUGCUCUCCCCUCACAGCCCCCCUCUUCUCCGGCCUAUAAGUGGCAUUUACAGGCUCCAGGAAUCUGCUCCAAAUGCUUUCCAUAUUAGUACAGCCCUGUGAUUCCCAAAUACCAAGAUCCCCACUCAGCUAGCAGGCAGCUGGAGGGAGAGAGAGCACUUGCCCAGCCUGAUCACAGACGCAGCGUCCGAAUGGGAGCCCAGGACAAACACAAAGGGGUCUCCAAGGACCAGGCGGCCCAGGGACCAGCCGAGGCGCCGGAAAAGAAGGCCGAAGGGAAGAAGGCCAAAAAGGGGAAGAAGGAUGAAAAAGCGGGACAGCAGGAGGAAUCCCACACGUGCUGGGGCUGUCGCUUUCCGCUGCUGGUGGCGCUGCUCCAGUUGACCCUUGGCGUAUCCAUUACAGUGGUGGCCUUCAUCAUGGCUGUGAACUUCUCCUCAUUACUAGUCAGAGACACUCCGCACUGGGCUGGGAUUCUUGUGAGCGUGGUAGCCAUUUUGGGCCUGAUAUUACUCUGCCUCCCCUACCAGCCGGAUGAGAAGACGUCUGGACAGUUUGCCUUGAAGCUGUUGUAUUUCUUGCUCAGUGCCCUCAGCUUAAUUAUCUGCGUCUUGGCAGUGGCCUUUGCGGCUCACCAUUACAACCUGAUCAUAAAAUACACUUGCAAGAUGACCACGGACACAUGCCAGUGCACGCUGGACCCGGCCGACCUGCUGAGCCGCACCUUCCUCUACCAGAACGUGCCCGACUGCGACUCCGUCACCACCACCCUGAAACUGUUUGUGCUUCUGCAAAUGACUCUCAACUUACUGCUUGCCCUGGUUUGCCUGGCAGCCUGCUUCAUCAUGUGGAAACACCGCUACCAGGUGUUCUAUGUGGGCACGUGGUUUCAUGGCCUGGCCACGAAUGAGAACCCGCAGCAGAAAGCAUAGCGCUAUGCCAGCCGGUGCCUUCACUGGGGACGCCUUCCUACAACAACUGAUGGGAUAUAAUUUAGUUGCAACAAUGGAACCUACCAUAGUGGGUGCGAACAGUUCAUUUGAACCAGGACUCCGAGACGCAAAAGUGGCCCACGAGAACUGUACUUUUCAUAAAACCACUCGUUACUGAAAGGCUUCGUUUCCCGUGAAAAAUAAGCAAUCCCCCCCAUUACAAGCCAACACGUUUUAUUCUGAUGUCUCCAAGAAGGUAGGAAGCCCAAGGUACCACAAAGACUUCCUCAUGCCUUUCAUGGUCAUUGACUACAGUGGCUUGGUAUAGAAAGUUGAGAACUAACCUUAGAAUGUAGAUUUUUUGGACAGAAACACCAACAUUUACUAGUAGUAGAUAAAAUAGAUUUGACUUGGUUUUGUCAAAUAUUUGAUAUUAAGUUUUAAGCCAUAUUUAUACGCUGAACAGGCCAUAACCUGCUACCAAAGGUCUGUAACUAAUUAAAUCACAUAUAUAAUCAAUAUCAAGCAAGUAAACAGUUUUGGAACAAACAGAAAGAAACAGCAAAACAGGACGUGGGAAAUGACCCAGGCAGAUGGUAAUUGGCGCCGCAGCGGCCGGUGGGAUUGGCCUAUCCCAGUAUUCUUGACACGAGCAGUCUAAGUCUUGAGAUAGAAAGUCAUUAUCCAGAGAAACUUCCAUUCAACCUUAAAGCUUCAUCUGUAUAAACCAAAGAGGAGAAGUUUUUUGCAUUAAAUACGGGUGCAUUGGAAUAGGGUAAGAUCAGCGAUGUCCGGCUUCUUUUUCCCUUUUGAUAAUAAAUUUGAUCAGGUUUGUGGGUCAAUGGUCAGGAGAGAGGAUACAGAAGACAGAGAGGACGGGCAGGGGUGCACUGCUAAACCGAAAGCCGCUAAGCAAACGUAAGGCGGUUAUUAUGGAACUCCAUAAAAAGAGGCAAUAUAAGUACAGUUCUACAAGGCCGUAACAUAAAUAGCAUGGCCACCGAAUUCAUUAAAAGUACCCCAUGUAGGGUUGGAGGGCAUGGCGGUGUUAGUACAGGAAGGUGAAGGUGGGAAGAACAAAAGUAAAAAAAGAAAAGAUAAAUUGCUUUACAUAUGGGGGUAGAACUAGGUGCAAGGUGCGUAGGCCAGUCGCUGUAUGUACUGAGACAUCUGAUUAGAAUGGCCAAACUGCUGAUAAUGGUAGGUACUGUGGGAGGUCUACCUGCUUCCAACCGAGAGCUAUUGAGCAUCUAAAAGUUUCUGGUCUUUGGGUUUCUGCGUGUGCUUUGGUACAUUGGGGAUCGGCGGUGGCAGGAAAGGUCAGGCGGCAGAUGUGUUCUAGCAUGUACAAAGUCACUGACCACCGGACCAUCAAAGAACCUCUAACUUAGGACAGCACCACCAGAUGUGGGACAGGUGGCCUCCAGUGCCGCAAUCUCUCCAGCAAAGACCGGAGGUGGUUGUAUAAAUAGUUUGAAGGUGAACCAGGACCAGAUACUAAUGGAACUGGAGUUUCUAUGGGUUCUCUUUGAUUCACAGACAUAUUAAACUCUUGGCCACCUGCUCCAUAAAUCAGGAUCAGGCUACACUAUGCCCUCCUCCCAGCGGCCCUCACAGUCACAGGUUAACCACGCUUUACUAGCAAGGAGCAGAAGCUGGAGAUUAGCCCUGCAGAAGAAGACCUGCACAGUGGAGGGCUGAAGUGGUGCCUGGGGUUUAAUAUCCCAGUAUAUAUAACCCAGAAUGUCCACCACUAAGUCUUAUGACCCAUGAACAUUGCCUACAUCAUAGUCUCAUGCCCACCAAAUAUAGUUCCAGGCCCAUCAUAUGGAACCUACUGUCUACAUAACAACCUCCACUCCUCCACAGACUUUCCCGUGCCAGCCUCGUGGCUCAUGUGCCCACAACAGAAUGCCCCUCGCCAACACCAUGCUUCUUAUUGCAGAAGAACCGUAAUAGGUUUUAUGUCCAUUAUUACAAAUAUAAUAACAUCCCUUCCAUAUGGUAGGUGGUGGCUGCAGUAUAGUCCCCCUCACCCUGUGCCCCUGAUCUAUCCUUUGUCUCCGGAGGUGUCACCACGUUAUCGGAGGGAAGACGCUUCAGUCGCCGUGAUCCCCAAGUCUGCAGGACUAUCUCAUGUUCACGUUGGUGUGAGAAAUAAUUGCUGCAAAUUUCCAACCUUCCAGCCCUGAUUAGCUGUUAAUACAAUCUGGUGCUUUAAAUUAGUAUUAGGUGCUUUGUAAAUUACAGAAAUACUGUAUUUGCAGAAAGGAAAUAGAGCUGGUUCCCUAUUGGACGGGGAUUUGAAGUUGAUACAUUUGAUAUCUGUAGGAGAAUAUAACAAAGCAAUCCAAUUUUUAUUUAAAGUUUUUAUAUGUAUAAUCUGUUAUUCAUACAUUAUACAACGGUGGACACCGAUUUAUUUUUUGGGAUGACUGGCUCUGUCCUGGUGCGAAACAUUUCUCCAAAAUGAUGAGCCCAAAUUGAUGAUGUGCAAAAUAUAGUGUGUAUGACUUCCCGAUCAUCCGUCUGACAUUUCUGUCCAUAGUUCAAUUAAAAACGUCACCUUUGUGACGAUCUCUGGACAAAUUAUCGCUUGGAUCGGAACGAUAAAUCACAAACGACUCUACACCCAGAAUUGGAUGCCCACAAUAUCGUUUAAUCGCUCGUAAGGUGGGUACACACUAGGUGAUGUGCUCUAUGAGCGACGUCGCCUAGUGUAUUCCCUUCCCUGCCAGGGCGGUCGGCGGCAGUGCGUACGCACUGGGCGAUAUGACAACGAUAUCGCUCUGUGCCGUCACGCUGCGGCCGGCCCGUGCAUGCAGUAUUUAAACGACGGUCCAAAUGGAGCUGCAUGCACGGCCGACAGUGAAAGUCGUUAACGACCCGCGGGACCGCGCAUCGCUCGUCGUCAGCGGCACACACACAUAGCGAUAAAUUAAACGACGUCGCUCAGGAAGGCUCAAAAUGAGCGAUGUUUAAUUUAUCGCUAAGUGUGUACCCACCUUUAAUAGUAAAGUCGUCGGAACGCGAGUGAAAUCUUUCCAGAAUGUACCUAGCGCAGGCUGCUGGCACAAGUGUGGGUGUGUACAGCACUGCGCAGGUCCCAGACAUGGGAACCCCCGUGACUCUGCUUGUUGGUGGGGGAGGGAGGGAGCAGACUGCUGAAGGAAACUGGUGGAAAAGCAAAGUUAGGAAACAACAAUAGCUGUAAAAGAGCCGGGAUAAUCCUCACGUGAUAAGUCUGUAGGUGUCCGACCGUAAUCCUCAAUCACGCGGAGGUCUGCUUGGAAAUGUCUCAUUCACGGGUGUAAGGUCCAGAGAUUAACGAAUACCAUAAUUAACGCUGAUCAAGUCUGACUGAACGCCUGGAACCGACGUCCUGAUACUGCGGCGGCAGCCCGGUCACAGGAAAUAUUGCCGCUAUUGUGUCUUUUUUUUUUUUAAAUAAGUGUCUACCAUCUUUGUUGUCACAUUUUUAUUUUGUUGUGAAAAAAAGAAAAAAUGUUUUCCAUCUACUGGUAGCUUUAUCUUACUGUGUACAGGCCAUCCUGCGACUUUUACUAAAUAAACGGCUUUAUAUCUCCUG